AUGUUUUUUCUAAACGUCUCGACGCGACUACAACUUCAACUUGACUGUCUCACAAGUGAACACAAAACUAGCAUUUGUAUAGUUAUUCAAACAGUGACGUCAUUACAUGAUAAACCCUUCUUAAGAACUCAUUUCGAAUUCCUUUUUAAAAUUCUUUAUCAUCAAAAAUGUAAAAUUUCCUUCACAAAUAAAAAUAUUUGUACAAUGGACUUUGGUCAUGAUUAA